GCCCCUGGCACCGCGCAACAAGUGGCGGCCACCACUCGGCCAUCGCCAUCGGCACCCAAUGCCAUCCGGAGGGAGCAAACCUCUGUGCCCGCCCUGUGCCCAGCACAGCCGGGGGGAGCCCGAGCUUCAGCCCCGUGCAACAUGGACCCGGGGAGCGCGGUCGUUCGUAACUCACAUGAACGUGACCCUGAAUUACUGCUCUUGGCAGAGAGCAGCGCGCUUGGGAGCAGCAUGGAAGCAGUGGGGCAGUAACAGGACGUGCACAGGCCAACAGCAGGAGAGUGCUGUGGAGAGAAAACCAAGCUCUGCAGAGGAAUCUCUGUCAUCAACAAAUAGAAAACUGAUUUUGCCAAUAGUCAUUUCACAGAUGAUUGAUGAGAAUAAAUUGAAAGAAAAGCGGUCCGCUUUGCUGAUGCAGGCAGUGACCCCCCAGCCCAGCGCUUGCCUCACAAAGCAAUCUUUGGCUAAUGAAGGUUCAGUAAACAUUAACAGCACAUCUGCGGUGCUUGCCAGCCGAUUAGCAAUUCACUCAUCCUUAGAUGAUACCACCUCUCCACUGGGCUGUCCCAUCGCAGAUGGAAAACAGCGUCGAAAGCGGAAGGGUUUUGCCUCCAUAACUAUUACAGCCCGGCGUGUCGCUGCGGGCUCCAGUGACCCAACGUGGGGACCCAGGGCUGUGCCGGAGCCCCAUGCUGUGCCCCCCACCUCGAGUGAGAUCCCCGCUGCUCUCCGCCACCGACUUUCACCUGACCAAGCAAACCCCGAAGUCGCUCCAUCGGGGGUUUCUCAUUGCUCAAAGUUAAGUAAAGAGCUGUGUGAGAGGUUUUUCAGCUGCAGAAGCGGGGAGAACAGCAGUGGGGGUCUUCAAAGCAGCGAUGGGAGGGGGAAAGUGCCACCUUCGUUCAUCUCAUCUGUCCGCCUACACGUUUCUCAGCAGUGUCCAAAUACCAUCUAUUACAUAGACAAGUCGCUCAACGUGUGCCUCGACCGACCUCGAAUUAAAUGCCAAAAAAUUUAUAGAUCGGCGUUGUCCUUCAAUAUAAAUUGUAGUUCGUCCAGAUUAACAGCAGAUGGAGUAGAUGGUAUAGGUAAUGGAGAGUCAAUAGAGAAGAUACUUCAGAUAAAGCUCCUGAGAGAAAAGAAGACUCCACGCAGAACAAACAGGAGCGCACAUUUAAGAGAACGUAAUGUAAUUAAUAAACAGAGAACAAAGGAAGGCUCUUUGGUUACUCAAUGCCCUUUGACGAGAGCCUGUGCCUCUGAACUUCCAGCAUCUGGGCAUGGACCCAAAGGACCUAACAGCACGACGACGACAGAGCAAAGUGAUGAUAAGCAGUUUGGCAGCUAUCGUGCUACGUUUUCUCUCCAUCUUUCUAAUUCAAGUGGCGAGGCAGGAAAGCAAAUGCUGUCUGGAAGCCAGAAGAAGCAGUACACCAUGAGCAGGAGAAGCAAAACAGCCUCUGCCUCUUUUCUGGGCACAGCGCUGGGAGAAGCAGCCACAGCUGCUAUUGAUGGCUCACCAAAAAGGAGUGAUCCCUCCAAAGGCACCUCUGCAUCCAAAGAGAUCCAAGUCCAGGGUGUCCUGAAACCAAAAAUGCCCAUCUCCAACUGUACGUGCAGUAUAAAAGCUUCAUCGAGAGUCCUCUUAGAAGAAAAAGUUCACAGGCAAAACCAGCUCCUAAAAAGUGAUUGCCAGUCCUGUGGUUCAAGUGGCAAAAUGGAGCAGCACGCGAAAGAGGAGGAGCAGGCACACGCCAGCCAGGAAGCCCUAUCCUCAGCUUGCUGGCCAAGUGUCACUUGUGGGACACACAGCGUGCUCGUGGAGCCAGAUGUUGGCUCCAAGCCUGAGAAGGGUUCACCAUCCCCGCUGACACUGAAGGAAGCACUAGAAAUCCAUAAGCCUCAGUUCAUUUCCCGUUCGCAAGAAAGGCUGAAGAAACUGGAACAUAUGGUGCAGCAGAGGAAAGCCCAGCAGAGCGAUGCACCCGUGAGCACACCCCGCAGGCUUUCCUCAGCAUCCACUUCAAACAGAAAAAAGCAAUACACUGUUCCUGACCCACUCAGCGAUAACCUCUUCAAACCAAAGGAAAGAUUCAUUCCGGAGAAGGAGAUGCACAUGAGAUCCAAAAGGAUUUAUGACAAUUUGCCUGAAGUAAAAAAGAAGCAGGAGGAAAAACAGAAGCGGAUAAUCAUCCAGAGCAACAGAAUGCGCGUGGAGAUCUUCAAAAAGCAAUUACUGGACCAGCUCCUUCAAAGGAACACUGAGUGACAAAGGAUUCUCUUGCCUAUCAUCAUAAUUGGAUCUCCAAUGCCUUUGACUGUUAGAUAAGCCAUAAAACUUGCUGUUAUCUUAAUUACCUGGAGGUAUUUUUCUUAUCUUUGGCGCUUUAUAUAAAAAGAAAGAUCAUUUAUAUUUCAAUCGAAAUUUUAAGGCAACUUUCAAGUAAGCAAAGGCAGUCUAAAAAGGAGCACAGCUGUUUCAGAGCAUCAACUUAUGGUCAGUGUACCCAGAGGAAAUAAUUUUAAGAAUUUUUAAUGCAAAUACCGAAUUACAGUGGUGUUAUUUAUCUUAAUCUGUUUCAAAGUAUACAUCUCUGUAGCAAUAGAGCCGAGUUUAUAAGACCUGGGAAACUUAUUUCUCUGAAGCAUUCUAUUAAUUGAUUUCCUGCGAGUUAAAUCCUUGAACUAAAGAAAAACGAAUAUCAUUAUUUGUUAUGUUUAGAAACUAGCUGAAAUAGCAUUACCACAUAAUCAUAGCAGCAGCAGUUUCACAUUAAUACUUAACAUACCAAAAGGGACCAAUCUUGGAGCUCUCUGAAGGACUCUAUUCCUGUUUAUGUAGUGAAUUCGCAUAGCAAGUUUACCUGUUAAAAAGCAAUAUUUAAAAUUUCGGUCUUAACUCUCUCUUUUUUUUUGGUGUUUUUUAAUUUAAUAUGUAUUUUACUCCACUUCUGCAAGCAUUAAGUAUUUAUAGGAAUGGCAUAUUAAGAAGCCGUGCCAAGAAGUAUGUUUGCAUCAAAACUGCAGAACUAAAACCAUCUGCAACGCUACCUUCAAAAAUAUUUAAAUCUUUAUUUGUACAUUUUGGAAGUAAAAACAACCGGCUUAAAACCAAUGGAAUUUAUUUAUGGAAUAAAAUAUGAAUAUAAUAUUUA